AUGGCCCCGAUCCUGCAGGCGGCGGCGGGGACGGACGGCGCGGCGCCGCUCAAGAACGCCACGCUCCAGAUGCCGCGGGCCGGCGCCAACGGCACGGCCGGGUCCGGCGCCGGCGCGGUGGUGUGCUACUCGCCGAUGAUGGUCACCGCGUACGGCAUCUGGCAGGGCGCCAGCCCGCUUGAGUUCUCGCUCCCGCUCUUCAUCCUCCAGGUCACCAUCAUCGUCGCCACCACCCGCGUCCUCGUCGUCCUCCUCAAGCCCUUCCGCCAGCCCCGCGUCAUCGCCGAGAUCCUCGCCGGCGUGAUCCUGGGGCCGUCGGUGAUGGGGCAGGUGUCGACGUGGGCGAAGACGGUGUUCCCGGAGCGGAGCCUGCUGACGCUGGAGACGGUGGCGCACCUGGGCCUCCUCUACUUCCUCUUCCUGGUCGGCCUCGAGAUGGACGUGAACGUCAUCAGGCGGUCGGGGAAGAAGGCGCUCAUCAUCGCCGUCGCCGGCAUGGCGCUGCCGUUCUGCAUCGGCACGGCGACGUCGUUCAUCUUCCGGCACCAGGUGUCCAAGAACGUGCACCAGGCCUCCUUCCUGCUAUUCCUCGGGGUGGCGCUCUCCGUCACGGCGUUCCCGGUGCUGGCGCGCAUCCUCGCCGAGAUCAAGCUGCUCAACUCCGACCUCGGCCGGAUCGCCAUGUCGGCCGCCAUCGUCAAUGACAUGUGCGCGUGGAUCCUGCUCGCGCUCGCCAUCGCCAUCUCCGAGGUGAACAGCUCGGCCUUCUCCUCCCUGUGGGUGCUCCUCGCCGGGGUGGCCUUCGUGCUCGCCUGCUUCUACGUGGUGCGCCCGCUCAUGUGGUGGAUCAUCCGCCGCUUCCCCGAGGGGGAGACCAUCGGCGACGUGCACGUCACCCUCAUCCUCACCGGCGUCAUGAUCGCCGGCGUGUGCACCGACGCCAUCGGCAUCCACUCCGUGUUCGGCGCCUUCGUGUACGGGCUCGUCAUCCCGAGCGGCCCGCUCGGCGUCGUGCUCAUCGAGAAGCUCGAGGACUUCGUCACGGGGCUUCUCCUCCCGCUCUUCUUCGCCAUUAGUGGCCUCCGAACCAACAUGACCAAGGUGCGCGACCCCAUCACCGUGGGGCUCCUCGUGCUCGUGUUCAUCAUGGCCAGCUUCGCCAAGAUCAUGGGCACCAUCCUCAUCGCGGUGUCCUACACCAUGACGUUCCGCGACGGCGUCGCGCUCGGCUUCCUCAUGAACACCCGGGGACUCGUCGAGAUGAUCGUCCUCAACAUCGGGAGAGACAAGGAGGUGCUCGACGACGAGUCGUUCGCGGUGAUGGUGCUCGUGUCGGUGGUGAUGACGACGCUGGUCACGCCGGUGGUGACGACGGUGUACCGGCCGGCGCGGCGGCUGAUCGGGUACAAGCGGCGGAACCUGCAGCGAUCGAAGCACGACGCGGAGCUCCGGAUGCUGGCGUGCGUGCACACCACCCGCAACGUGCCGUCCAUCAUCUCGCUGCUCGAGCUGUCCAACCCGACGAAGCGCUCGCCGAUCUUCAUCUACGCGCUCCACCUCGUCGAGCUCACCGGCCGCGCGUCCAACAUGCUCGCCGCGCACCACACGGCGUCCAACCAGAGCCGCAGCGCCGCCGGGUCGCUCCCCGGCGCCAGCGACCACAUCUUCAACGCGUUCGAGAACUACGAGGCGAGCGCCGGCGGCGUGUCGGUGCAGGCGCUGACGGCGGUGUCGCCGUACCAGACGAUGCACGAGGACGUGUGCAUCCUGGCGGAGGACAAGCACGUCUCGCUCAUCGUGCUCCCCUUCCACAAGCAGCAGACGGUGGACGGCGGCAUGGAGCCCAUCAACGCCUCCCUCCGGGGGUUCAACGAGAGCAUCCUCGCCUCCACGCCGUGCUCCGUCGGCAUCCUCGUAGACCGAGGCCUCAGCGCCGCCACGGCGAGGAUGGCCACCGUGCACCACGUCGCGCUCCUCUUCUUCGGCGGGCCCGACGACCGCGAGGGGCUCGCCUACGCGUGGCGGAUGGUCGAGCACCCGGGCGUCUGUCUCACCAUCGUCCGCUUCAUCCCGCCGGGCUACACGCCGCCGGCGCCGUCACCGCCGCAGCCGCCGGCGCCCGCCCCCCACUCCCGCGCCAUCACCAUCGUCCAGGACGCCGCCAAGAGCGAGCGCCAGAUGGACGAGGAGUACCUCAACGAGUUCCGGUCGCGCAACCUCGGCAACGACGCCGUCCUCUACGUCGAGCAGGUGGUGGCCAACAGCGAGGAGACGCUCUCCGCCAUCCGCAACCUUGACAACGCGCACGAGCUCUACAUCGUCGGCCGCCACCCCGGCGAGGCCAACUCGCCGCUGACGUCGGCGCUCACCGAGUGGAUGGAGUCGCCGGAGCUGGGCCCCAUCGGCGACCUCCUCGUCUCCUCCGAGUUCUCCAAGAUGGUGUCCGUGCUGGUCAUGCAGCAGUACGUCAUCACCGCGCCGCUGCCGGCCGGCGUGCCGACGACGGAAGACCCCGUCCGGCAAUACCUGACGAACGCCAACCAGCGGCCGUCGGCGGCGGUCGGCGGCAACAAGAUGGGCGCCGCCGGACGCGGCGGAUGGAGCGGCGGCGGCGGCGGGUACUGACCUCCUCUGAUCGAGAGCUACACGCAUCCAUUUUGUUUUAGGGAUUUAAUUUGCUGUGUAAUACUACAAUUAAUUGUAGUUGAUCCAUCGUAGAUGUCGUGUUUAAUUGGUCAGAUUUGUGAUUGAUCCCUCCGGUAGUGUGAGAGGUGAUUGAUUACAUGUAAGGACUUAACUCUUCUAGGUUCUCAAUUAAUUGUUCUUAGAUAUGUU